AUGGAAAAGUGGUGUAACAUAGUUAUUGGAGUUGCAGUGAUCUACAUUGUGGCUAACUGGAUCACUUGCCAGAAUCUGUCAUUUCAGAGUAUAAUUGUAGCCAAUAUUCUGUUACUGCAGAGUGCAGUUUUAUGGUAUUAUGCAAGGAGAAAUAGAGUUUGCAUAACAACACAGUCUUCAUACAGACCAAAUGCAUCUUCUGGAAUAUUUUGUGUGUUGUUGGUUCCCCUGGCUCUUCUUGGUGAAGUUUGUGCAAAAAAACAGUCCGGAGGUCCCUCAAGUGUUCUUCAGGAGAUAUGGCUGAGCCUAGCAGUGUUGGCAGUCAUCCUUUUGAGACUGGCUCUAGCAGACAACCAGCACUUCCAGUUGUAUUUGCUUGUAGUGCUUCCAUUGUUUGGAGCAGUUCUAGUUAUGUCCUUUAGCUGUAAGUGGUUAUCUGUGUUUCCAUUGGCGACAUCUUAUUUCGUUUGGAAAUGUUUAAAGAUAGUCCCUGAAUAUUUACCAAAGUCCUUCACAUUAGGAGAACUUGCUGUUGUCCUGCAGCUCCUAACUGUUUGGGUAAAUAGAAUGGGCCUAUCAGCAUUUCAGGCAAGUUUUGUACACAAACUUGACAAGGAAGACAUACAGCUGGCUUGGUUUGUCUGUACUCUUGUAACAGCAGUUGUGAUUGCAACAGUGAUAGUUUACUGGACAACAGCGUAUUCAUCCCUGGGGCAGUUUUUAGCAGUCUAUGUAGUCAUGGCCAUAUUAUCUCUGCUGCUGCUUCGAUCAGUCUUUGGUGAAAAUCCUGUGCUGUGGUUAUUGAAGUUUGUCUCAUCUUCUUGUACCAAGAUCUUCUUGCUUUUGGCAUGGAUUAUUCUUUUGGCUGUAGCAGUUGUCUGGGCAAUUAUUCACAGUUUUCAAUUGAAUAGCAACGUGAUUAGUUCUCAGGACAUGAAAUAUACAGUAUUAUCCACGGAUAGGAAGGUGUUUCAUGCUUUUAUUGUCCUUGUGUACUUCCCUGGCUUACUGUUAGAUGUGCGACUUCUGCUACUGGCUUCGGUGGCAGCUUUAGGCCUGUUCAUUGUUAUGGAGGCUGCCCGAGCUCUGCAUGUUCCUGUUUUGGGUGAACAUUUGGAUGCCAUUUUGAGGAUAUUUGUUGAUGAUCGAGAUCAAGGCCUAAUAUUUCUGACGCACAUAUACCUGCUUAUAGGACUGUCACUGCCUCUGUGGAUCUCACGGAACCUGUUCUCACCGAACACAGCCCCUCUGGAACUGUACAGUGGCAUCCUGUCUCUGGGUGUAGGUGACACAGUUGCUUGUGUUGCAGGAAAAGCCUUAGGUCGGAAUCACUGGCCAGGGAGUAAGAAAACGGUCGAAGGUACACUUUGCUCAGUUUUGUCACAAAUGAUGUUAGUUCUUGCAGGAUCCCAUUUAGGUAUUAUAUUUAUCAUCAGUUGGUGGAAUGUAUUUGCUGGAAUCUGUCUUAGUGCCUUAGUCGAGGCCUUCACAGACCAAAUUGAUAAUUUAAUUUUGCCUGUUGUGUUGUACCCCUUUUUGUGCUUAGCAUGA